UCGAUCCAUCUAGUUGUGGAGGAAAUCAUGAUCUUGAUCUAAAAUUUACCGUUCUUUCGACCCCAUUGAGUGGAAUUUGAACUGAAUUGUAUCUUCCAUUGGUUUUUGCUUCAGAUUAUCUAUCUUUGCACGACUUGGAUUACUGCUGAUUAGUCGAUUCUUAUAACUAGGCCAUGGCGGGGUCUGGGAGUUCCAUGCUUUACUCAUUUCUUCUGUUCACUGUCAUUCUUUCACUUCAAGAGAUGUAUAGAGGAAAACUGGCUUCUUCGGAGCUGUUUACCAUACUUGGAGGUUUCAUUAGUUCUCUUCUAUUUCUAGUGCUUCUAACCUUCUUAGGGAACUUCCAGGAAACAUGUGGCAUGCGAACUGGAUGGGGAGCUGUCAUUGUAGCAGAAGCAGUUGCAUUGAUUGCUGCAAGCACUGUUCAUAGAGUUUGCAUCACAACAUGUUUCUUGUUCUCCGCUGGAUUGCUGUAUGAGUUGAACAAGCUUUCAGGUGGCGCACUUUCUAAAUCUGAAUCUAGAGCCAAAAGGCACUGAGAUGGAAAGAAACUAAGCUCUUCAGACAGCAACGGCUUUGUUUUUGAGGUUUUCUUUUUACCCCCUAGCCUCCUGCUGCUGCAUCCUCUGGUGCUGAGUAGUCGUGUUUUUGUUUUGGUAUUAGGAGGGGGUCGUGAGAACAGUUUAUUACAAUCAUAACAUUAACAAUGGUGUUAACUCCACUGUCUUUAUGCACUUUUUUAUUUGGUUAAUGAGAAAUUGCCCGAGACUUUGUCUAGAAAACGAACACUUGAACCAUCGAAA